AUGACUGCUGAAGAGCCCAGCGACGAGAUAAUCGAAGAAAGCUCAAUCAGCGUUUCUUCGCAGCUGAGGAGCGAAGGCCUUUCAUUUCCUACAGCCAACUCUCCAGACUUAGGAAGCGACGAAGCCCAGAAAGAAGGACCUCAAAAGCCCCGCCUCCCAAGCAGACUGUGGGUAAAGAGGGAUGUUGAGUAUGAUCUGGACCCGUCACAUGCUGACAGGAUUCUUGAUAGAUUUGCUUUCCAUGUAAACACAUUGAGGGAGGGGGGAGUCUAUGAGAGAGACAUCAAUGAAGAUGCAUUUUACUACAAAUAUAAGCCUGUUUCCGUCUGCGACAUCGAGACGAUCAGAAGCUCCCCCCUGCUUCAGGAUCGAAUCAGCUGCAGGAGGCUGCGGAACAUUUCCAUCCAGCUGGUUGACUACUGCAUGAGGAUCAACAGAGAUCGGGAAGCUCUCAUUGACCUUGGAAUGGAUGCCUCAACGCUUCCAGACGAUGUUCAGGCCCUCAUCAGAAGCAGCAUUCUUAGGAAAAAGAGGAUCCUGAGCCUCAUUCACAAGGUCAGAAAUUGUAUAGGAGAAAUAGUACUUAUGGGGGAGAAGUGCUGUAACUAUGUUGAGAAGUCGAACACCAUAGCAUUCAAAGGAAUAUCAUCUUUUGAUGACCACACUACGGAGGGUAGUGACUGA